CUUGGUGGCGAUAAUGGACCAAAUACAAGGUCCAAAUGCAGUCUUGCUCUUUGGUAUGAGAAGACAACACAGCCGUCUGUCACAAGAGACUCUGAAGUUGUAGCCUGGGUUAUUUCCAUUUAUAAAGUUUCUGCCUGCUUUUGUUGUCGACACAAUGAAGCGUGUGUUCGUGACAGUCGGGACGACAAGAUUUGAUGAACUAAUCGACAGCGUGACAUCCGAGGAAACGGUUCAGGCUCUGGUCGGUCGUGGAUAUACGGAAUUAGUUCUCCAAGUCGGCCAUGGUUCUCACGUCCCUGGACCCGAGAGUUGCCCUGGUCUCAAACUGACAGCUUUCCGUUUCAAAGAUUCCAUAGCAGAAGACAUGAAGCAAGCAGAUCUGGUAGUCAGCCACGCAGGGGCUGGGAGUUGUUUGGAGGCCCUCGGAGCCCAGAAGGCCCUGCUGGUGGUGGUCAAUGAUAGGCUGAUGGACAACCACCAACUGGAGCUCGCUAGGCAACUGCACUCCGACUCACACCUGCUCUAUUGCACCUGCAGCACACUGACUGAGACUCUGAAGAGCAUGGACUUCUCCACCCUCACACCCUUCUUACCUGGCCAGCCACAAAGCUUUGCCAAAUUCCUGGACAAGGCACUAGGUGUUACUUCACAGAGCUGAGCAAAGGUCUAACAUCGCAGGACACAUUUACAAAAAAUGUAAAGUCAUGUGUACUUUCCUUUGGACACCUGGAGUCACAACCAACUUCUUGAUAACUCAUGGACUACUAGGGGUGGCUGCUUGAAAUCUUUGGCACCUUGAGAGUGAAAAUGAUAUUAAUAGAUGUCUCAGAUGCCUCACUGAAGGUCUGGAAUGGUAGUCUGACACACAGGACAUUUCCCGGUGGCAUGGCAGACUUCCUGGACAGAGGCUUCAUUUUCCUUAGAGAUACGCCCACAAUUUAGAAUGGUCCACCCAAAAAUGCAGUAUUUUUGGUCCCUCACUACCUCACCAUCAGCUCCAGGCCCUUAGAUUCUGCCACACUGUGAGCGCAACCCUCGUGGACCAAGCAGCAUGCACAUGGGUAUGGCUGGGCAAAAUGUGAAUGUCAGCUGUUCUUGUAAAUUUAGGGUGACAAGGCCUGAAUUUGUGGAAAAUAGUGUUUGCUAUUAAUGUCAUCUGAAAGGUUCCACCAUUCCAACGUUGUUGCAAAAUGACUUGCAAGUAAUAAGGUGAUGGUGUACAAUCAUGAUUUGUUUUCUAUUUUUACUAUGUAUCUAAUCAUGGAUCUGUCUAUGAUCUACAUAAACGUAUUGAAAUGUAA